AUGGAACUGAAAUCUUUAGCAGCAGGCAUACUUCAGAUUUAUGAUGAAGCAAACGAUGUGACUCCAAUUUAUAAAUUUACGCCAGAGCAGUCAAAUAUCGUUUUUCAUUUCACAGCAACAAUAAUAAAAUUUAUAUUUUGCCCGGACAUUCAAUCAAAUCAAUCAAAAGGCUUUGUUUUGAAUGGGAAAUUUCUUCAAGCUUUUGGACCAACCGGUGAAAUCCGUUGUGACCAUAAUAUGAUCGAGCUAAGCGAUUCAUUACCGAUCAUCGCCAUCAAUGCUAAAGUGUUUUCCAUCCAUCCCAUCUUUUGUCUCAUUUUAACGCAAGAAAACAUCACGGAAAUGCUGAUCAUGAUAGAAAUCUGUGACUUCGAGCCCAUCCCCACUUUUCCGUUUCUCAUCGACGAUGAACCACCAAAAACUGGGAAUUGUACAAAAAAAAUCAAUUUGGGGAAAUAUACACAAUUUUGCUGCACAACAAAGCAACGAAUUCAGAAAGGGAAACCGCUUUCAUUGAAAAUCGUCGGAGAUCCGGAGAAAAAUGCCUCGAAUAGGACACUCGUCUUCAGAAAAGCACGAGCAAUUGACGUGACAGUGAUGCAUUUGAAGCACAACGGAUACCACCUCAAGCAAUCACAAUUCACAUUCCAAAAGGCUGUUCCCCAGCGAUCGGCUUGCGAAGAGAAACGGAUUGACUGGCUUGGUGUAGCCGAUUCUGCCCCAAUUGGUCAGCCAAACGGUUUCCUUGCUAAAGUGCAUUUCGAAAGGAUUUUGCCGCCACCACGUCCACCGGCGAGUACCCAAGCUCUACCCAAAACAAACACCGCAAACGGGUUUUCGAUCAAUCUUUGGCUAUUGAAAUGUAUUAUUUGUUAUUUCAUGAGUGUUGGA